AUGAUAGUAGCAUCAAUUCGAAGGAUAUUUGCUUCAUUCAGAACUGAAGAAGAAGAACGAUUAUAUUCUAGAAAAGCAUUCUUUAAUUUAUUGGGAUUCUUAGGUAGUUGUGUUAUAUUUUCAUUCAUGGCUCAAAAAUUAAGUCAGAAUAAUUUAAGAGAAUUGAAUCAUAUAGCUCGUGCUAAUGCUUUGAUUCACGCUAUUCAAACAUAA